CCAGAAACCUGAACUAAAGUUGAAUCAUUCCUUGAUUCCUCAUCAAAAUAGCCACUCGUUUAGACCCCCGGUUCGGGUAUAACAUUUGGUAUCAAAGCUCAGCUUCGAGGCUUUCUUAAGUCUCGACGAUAACCUUGAGGGCCGGCUUCGCAAACGCUGCCCAAAAGAACGUUGCUGAAAUUUCUUCCCCAGAAACUUUCAGUUCCAUGGCGUUGAGCACGGAGGAUGCUAGACGACGUAUUUGAAGACUUACAUAUCUAUCUCCGGGAGUUGGAAUUACAUCUUUCCAAUAUCUGGUUGUUGAGAUAUGGAUGUCCAAAGAUACCUCAAAAAUCUGAAGAUCAUCUACGCCAAUGAGGCUAUAUUACAAGGGCCAACUCAACGGUGCUACAAGUGUUGUGGCUAUGGUCAUAUCUACUGGAUAUGCCCAAAUGAACAUACCGUACCGUAUGAAGAAUGGGCCAAGAUUAAUGAAGAAGCUUCACGUGCAGAAGUUUUGAUUGAAGAAAUAAUUUGUGAAGAGGAAAAGAAAAGCUUCAACGGCCAGCUUGUCAUUGUUGAAGACGUCUCUGAUUUUCAAGUCAAAGAUGAAAAUGACAUCUUCCUUGAAGAACCAGAUUCCGAGGUUGUUGUGGAGGAAACUACACCGGAUGUUAUAUAUUCUAAGGAAUUAAAUUCCACAGAGUAUUAUCGUCCAAUUGGUGAAGAAGAAACUUAUUUCAUCUUUGAAGGACAUGUGAAGCAGGUACUAACCAAGGUGGCCAUCAUAUUCCGGAAAUUACACUACGAGGUGCCAACUAAGUCCGGAGUGAACUUCAAUAUUGGUGGUUCAUUAAGUUUCCCAUUUGAUCCGGGAAUACUUUUAUGAAACCAUCAAUCUCCCACGGUGGUGCGAAAGUUUGAGGACAAACUUUUUUUGAAGAAGGGGAGUAUGUUAUACCCCUGGAUGGUUCCACCAAAAUCCCAACCCCUCCCAAAUAUCCAAAAGUAUUUUAUUUCCUUUUGAUAUCCAAAAUAAAGUUUUUCCUACUCU